ACAAGCCAAACGAACGUGUGAGAGACCUAAGCAUUUUAAGCGAUGUACUUUUUGGAGAUUUCUACGCGCUUCAAUUAAAGAGAAAUAUACCAAGCAAGACUGGUUAAAAAGUUUAAAUAGCGAAGAGAACAUUUUAAAAUUGCUGUUUUAUAUAAACAUUCAGAAACCUGUUAAAAAAGACGAAAAAUUAGAUGGUACCAUCACAAUUGAAGAUAUUGAAACCAGUGGCUUAAUAUUUCUCAAACAGUGUGGCAAACUGUUUAUCCCAAGAGCUCCUUUAAUAUCUAAAACAUUCAAUAGCUUCGUUAGACCUGGAUUGUUGGACGGAAGAAAGCUUCCAGUAAUUUUCUCAAACAAAGAAGGAUACAAAGAAAUCGAUGUAAUGUCAGGUAGAUAUACUGUCCUUAUUGCUAGACGAACAAUUCACACAAAUUCAACAGGAAAAAUUGGUGUUGAUCUCAUUCUGGAUGAAGAAAAAAGGGCAAGCGCUACCGGGUGCAACCGAUUUGCACUUGUCACACCAAAAACAAUGGAUGUGGAGGAUAUAAAAAAUAUCCCAGACAAUUGCAUCAUUAUGGCCGGAAAAGAUUUGAUUAAUUUUAUUGCUCUAUACCGAUCUACCAGAAUUGAACUUGGUGA